GCAACAUUAAAAAACUAAUCGAGCAUUCCGCGCGCGCGCGAAAUUUCAUUCCUAUCAAUAAAACCGUCGAGUUUAUUAUUGAUCGCCGCGAGACUAGGUCAUCAAGAUGAGUCUCAAAAACGGGGCAAAAAUGUCUCAACGUGAAAAAUUCGAGUUAAUUAACUCCGAAGUGCGUUCUUUCUACGAAUAUUGUAAGGAAGCUGGUAUGAGCGAUGAAGAAAUGGAUUUAAUCUGUCGUCCUCUCACAAAUUCUGUGAGAAAAGCUACCAUCAAACGUUGGACAAGGGUGGUUCUCGUUUUGAUAAUGGGAAUAGCGAUUGGAUACACUGUUAGCCAGACGGAUACCUUUAAAUGGCAUGCAUCGGCCUUGGCCAGGAUUGUUUUGAUAAAAUUGCUGCCUGUAUGGGACUGGACACCGCUGUACCACAACAAGUGCAUGAUUGCGAGACCUGCGGAACCACCUAAUGUCGAAGCAGGAGCAUCAACAACCGAUUGCAUAGCCUGCGAGGCAGUCAAAAACAUUGCGCGCUUGUCUGACACGUCAUACAACGAAGUAUUCAACCACCAUCUCCUACGUGGAGCGCCGGUUAUCGUCGUGGAUGCUCACUACGAUUGGUCCUCUCGAGAUGAACUCAACCUGACCGGCCUGAUCAGCGACGAUGACCGACUCCGCGACUCUGUUCCUUGUAGAAUCCUAACCAACAUACGAAUCGGACGACAGCCUAUGGAUUUAGAAGAGAUAGUUUCUAGAAUAACAAACACGGAUAUACCGAGUUGGUUUGUCCAUUUCCAAAACUGCGACAUUCGAGCAGUUAAAUCCUUCAGGGUCCUCGCACCUAGGCCAUAUUUCCUGUCCCCUCAUAUCCCUCCCUCCCACUUUAAUUGGUUAUUAUUGUCAAAGAACUAUGAUACUCAUAGAUAUAAGUAUUUGGAGUUUGACAUUGGAUUGAUAAUCAUGUCUCAGUUGAAAGGCAAGUCGUUCGUUCAGUUACGGCCGCGAGCUCCUUGCGAGGAUGAUUGCUACACUCUCAAUUUUGAGCUGACAGAAGGAGAGACUCUUGUGUUGGCUAACUCCCUCUGGGAGUUUGAAUAUUUACCGGGCAAGGGUGAAAACGUUGCCAUGAUCACGGAAACUGAUUGGAACGAAUCCUAAUGUACUUAGAUAACUCGUGUUAAUGUCCUCUAAUGGUAGAUAAAUGAAUGUCGGAUGUGUACCAAUUUUAAUCGAUGAUUUUGUCAGAAAGUAUGAAUAUAUUACAAAAUUCAAUACGUAACUGCAUGUUUGCAUGUUUACAAUCGAUAAAAUCGGUACAUAUCUAAAAAUAAGUUAAGUACUUACCUAUCUACAUAUUUAAAAUAUAAGGUGUUCAACAGUCUACGACUAUGAUAUGAUUAUCUUUACAAUGCAAGGAAUAAAGGAAGUUGUGAAAAUGAAACGAGUCAAGCUAAACAUUAGUCUUAUUUUGGCGAAUAUCGCACAAUAUUGAAAUAUUUAAGAUGUAUUAAAUACCAACUUUGUAAUAUUUCAAUGCUGAUUUCAAUGAGAAUCGUAUUUACUAGCUUUGGAAGUAAAGAUCGAAGUUAAAAUGUAAGGAGCAAGACAGUUUAUAAAAGUGAAGAGGUUGAGUUAUUGAAGAACAUGUCCACAUAUCAGUCAUUGUUAACAUUUCAUGAUCACUUCAAUAGUUUUUAAGUCAAAAAUUGUACUGAAGAGGGGUUUAUUAGGCUUUUGCGACUUCAGUGUAGAUUAAUAGGGUUUUUGUUCAAUAAUUUAUGAGCAAAGUUUACCUAUAUUAUUGAUCUUGGACACAUUAAACAUAACAAUAGACAUUUUUAUCACUUAAAAAGUAUUUAUUUUGACUAUAUUGAUUUAAAAAAAUUAUUACAUCUGUUUUUUGGUUUAUUAUGUUGGUAAAAACUUUUUGAAAGAAUUUGUGAUUUAUUUACGUAAAAAUAUUUUUAUUGAGUAAGUAUUGAAUAUUUUACCGAGCUAAUAAGCCCGUCAUCAGUAUCUACAUAAGCGUAAAAUAAGAUUAAAUUAUAAUUGAACAACACACAAUGUAUUUUCUGCACAAUGAUAUCGUAAUAUAAUUAGAUAAGUACAUAAUAAUUUCAUCGGAUUCCGACUCUGAUUAAGUACCUCAAGUAUUAAUAAUGAUACAUUAUAUAUAAUUGAAGCAAA